CUCUCUCCACCUCCAUUUCUCCGCUUCUAGAAUCCCCUCUCUCCCUCUCAGCUGCACUGAGCUACACUGCACGUAUCCCCACCAAUUCAUCGAGGGGUAUGCACCUCCGUGCUAUCCCGAUCGAGCUACCUCCCCAGUUCCCCUCGAGCCACCCAACCCUAGCCCCAUCCUCACCACCGCCCGAGGAAGCCUCCAGGCGCAGACGUCCUCCCGCGUCGAGGUAGUUCUGUGACUAUCAAUGGUUUCCACAAGAAAACUGAGAAACCUAAUCAAGCACAAUGCCGAGAUUAAUGGAGAUUGGAAUGAUAAGGAUGCAACAGUUGUACAUAGAAGUAGAGUGCGAGAUGGAAGUUACAGUGAUUGUGAGAGUAACGGUUCACCGGAGACUUCUAGGAAUCCACAGAAGCCUGGUCUUGCCAAACUUCAGUCUAUGUCGAAGGCAUCUGAUACACGUUGCCCUGAUCUACUGCAAUCUCAGCCCGAUUCAUCAAGCUAUGGAUGCCUUUCUUUGUUGAAGGAGAAAAUUCCUGGAGAUGAAACUUCAGCUCUCGAUGCAUUACAUACAUUAGCUGAUGGACCUGUAAAUAUUCUACGACCUUUUUCCAAUGCUGAAACCGAAUCAUCAACGCACAUUAAGGGAAGCAAAGGCAAUGAAUCCGAUGACAAGCCUAGUGCUCCUGCAACAGUACCAUUAUUUGAGAAAAAUGCUAACUCCAGAAAAAGGAAGACGAUUGAAAGGCUUUCAGAAAUUGCAAAUAAUGAGAUGGUUACUAGGAAAAGUGCCAGACUUAUGAAAGAUCCACACCAUGAUGGAAUUACUAUUUCUGAAGUAGAGCAGCAAGAUCCACAUAAUGAUGGGAGUGCUAUUUCGGAAGUAGAAGCCAUGGAUAUUAUGGACGCAACACAAAAUGCAUUAAGUCAGAAAUCUGACUCGAUGUCGAAGGCUAGAAGCAGUCACAAAUUAGGCAUUUUGAAAUCACUUGCUCCAGAGUGUAAGCCCUCUGAGGUUGCUGAUGAUUCCCGCAACAAUAUUACCAACCCAGUGAAUAGCGUUGUUGAUCUUAAGGACAAGCUCCGGAGAUGGUGCAUGUCUGAAUGGUGCUGCACUGCAAUUGAUUGCCCAUGGUUUCCCAAGAACGAUUUUUUUGCCGAGUACCUGAAUCAUGUUAAGUUGGGUCAUGAGUCAGCGAAGAAUGAAUUUGUCAAGUGCCUGAAUCAAGUUGAGAUGGGACAUGGGCCAAAGCUGAUUCGUGUUGAGUGGGGUGUUAUUACGAGUUCUUUUGGAAAGCCACGUCGAUUCUCGAAGCAGUUUUUACAGGAGGAGAGAGAAAAGCUUUCUCAGUAUCAUGAGUCAGUUGGACAACAGUAUCCUGAUCUUCAAUCUGUUGUUCGAGAAGGCCUACCGACUGACCUUGCUCGGCCUUUAGCAGUUGGACAGGGUGCUAUAGCCUGUCAUCCCAAAACAAGGGAACUUCACGAUGGCAGUGUUUUGACUGUUGACCGUAAUUGUUGCCGGGUUCUUCAAAUUGAUGGGUCGGAGCUAAAAAGCGGUUUUGAGUUUGUGAUGGGAACCAAUAUGCAGAGGGAAGUGACACACCUAAGGUGGAAGAUAAUGUGCGAAAUUAGUUCGUCGAGGGUGAACAUACGGGACCUCCCUGGGUACUUGCUUGCCAACGAUUGGUAGGCCACAGGUAGUUUGUGCCUCUGUGGGGAUUAGGGUGGGUGGCAGGAGAGUUAGUAGGUACUGACAGGCUCGUCCAGAUUAACUGAAUAUAGGUUAACGUUUUGGACUUUGAUAUGCACAGCAUUAGCUGAUAUCCACCAUGCGAGUGGCAGCAUGUUGAGCCUGUUAUUUUGGUGGCAUGUAAGCACGUAGGUCGUGUGGCCUAAUUGUUGGUGUGUCGAUAGUAAACGGCAUGCCAAUGGAACCUGGUAACGUAAUGGUUAGGUGUCUACCAGAUGUGAACUAUUUAUCCUAUUGAAGCAGGUAAUGUAAUGUUUAUGGAA